GAGCUGUAUACUGCCACUUACUGUCCCCGCUGUCUCGCGCUAGCUGCGGGGUCCGAGCCCAUCAAGCAGCAGCAGGUCGGCUCGAGAGGAGUGCCUCUCGUCGCUCCAUGGACGAUGUCUUUGGCGAGUGUAUGCACGACGAGAGCUUGCAUCUGGAGCGACGCUUUCAUUCGGCGGGCUAUCGCGAAGGCAUCACUGCCGGCAAGCUUGCAACGCUGCAAGCUGGCUUCAACGACGGCUACCAGACUGGUGUGCCCCUCGGCAAGAGGCUGGGCGAGAUUCGCGGUCGACUGACUGCUCUCAUCGCUAUUGCCACUAUGCUCAGAUGUCCGGCAGACAAUCUGCGAGGACUGCUCAGCGACGCCAACAAGCUGAGCUUUGCUGAGCUGGCUCCACCAGACGCAGAGGCCGAAGAACACGCACGACUCGAGCAUGGCGAGCCCUUUGAGAUCUCACCUGAGCUAGACCCACACAGUAAAGUUGACCUGCUUGCGCACGCGAUGAAUACGCUAUCAUCGGACGACUCAACGCCAAAGUCUCACCUGUCAGCUCAGCAGCAGCUAUCACGCAUGGAGACCAGCCUGUCCGCUGCGCAAGCUGAUCUCGGAAUCUGACGCAAUGGCAGCGCUUCAUACGAGAAAGCAAUCCUCCGCGCCUUUGCACACGACUGAAUCAUCGAGCGGCUGUUUCAAAGGCAUUCAGACCUGGUGUUAGCAUCUGCCUGAAACUUCGCAUGUCACUCAUUCUGCCGUCAAGGAAGUCGCCCAUCAGAUGCACGAUCAAGCAGAAGAUUCAAGUCGAUUCUGCAUUGAUACAAAUUAGGCGAGCUACUCGACGAAGGAGGUCUAAAUUGGGUCGCACAUGACGCCGGGUCGCGUCGCGUUUUAGUUGGCAAGUGACAGACGGAGUCUACCCAGCUGAGGACGUAUUGAUUUGAGAUGGCUGAUAAGCUGGCCUGUCAUGAUCGCAUGUUGUGACCGCUCUGCAGGCGACAGCCCACGCAUACUGCUUAUCGGAGUGGCUGG